AUGGCCACGGAAGCACGAGAAUCCGAGAUGGACUGGGUUGUGGUGGAGCAUCACGGAAGGCCAACAUCUCAAAUAACCAUGUCCCUUCGAUUGGGCGCCGUGCGCGCCAUGAGCAGGUCUGGUGUUGUCUCUCCCCAGCAUACUCUUCUGUGCAGGCCGCACCAGCCACAUAAGUUGGGGUCGACUAAACGCAAAAUCCUCGAACGAUGUUUCGCGACACAAGUUAAACACUCCGAUGCUGGUAAUCAAUCCGAUGACCAGAAAGAGCGCGUUGUCAUUCUUGGAUCCGGAUGGGGCGGAUAUACCAUGUCACGCCGACUAUCACCCAAAAACUUCUCACCAAUCAUCGUCUCACCUCGUUCAUACUUCGUUUUUACUCCCCUCCUUACAGACACGGCCAGCGGAUCAUUAGAUUUCUCUAAUAUCGUCGAACCGGUACGAGACCCUGGCGCCAAGGUCGAUUUCAUCCAAGCCGCAGCUCGAUCUGUCGAUCUCAAGAAGAAAACUAUAUUAUGUGAAGCAACAGUGGUGAAAAGUGGUGUCACAGAGUCGCCGCGCACCCACGAAGAUGAAAGAGAAACCGAAGAGGGCCCGGAGGCUAGCGACAAGCAGCCGAUACAACCGCGCCGGCUGUGGGAGAAAGGCGAAACAUUUGAAGUUCCAUAUGAUAAGCUGGUCAUCGCCGUGGGCGCGGUGAGUCGCACUUUUGGUACGCCGGGAGUCCGACAGAAUGCAAUGUUCUUCAAGGAUAUUGGCGAUGCCAAACGGGUGAAGCGCCGUCUACGCGAAUGUUUCGAGCUAGCCGUUUUGCCGACGACAACCACGGAUAUGAAGAAGUGGCUUCUUCAUUUUGCCAUUGUUGGUGCUGGUCCAACUGGCACUGAGCUCACAGCUUCGCUACGUGACUUCAUCUACGAGGAUAUGAUCGCGCUCUACCCGGGCCUACAAGGGCUUCCGAAGCUCAGCCUCUACGACGUCGCGCCGAAGGUACUGUCUACGUUCGAUGAAUCGCUUUCUCGGUAUGCGAUGAAGACGAUGAAAAGUGAAGGGAUUGACAUAAAGACCUCUCAUCAUGUGAAGGGCUUACGCUGGGGUCCACCCGGUGCGCCUCCGCCUUAUGACAUGGAUCCAAAGCACUGCUUAACCCUCACCACCGAGGAGGAAGGAGAGGUCGGCGUCGGCAUGUGCGUGUGGGCAACAGGCAAUGCCAUGACCAAAUUGGUAAGCCGGUCACUGAAUGAAGUCAAUGACUUUCCCGAGGACUCUGUGUUCAAAAUGGACCGAAGCUCUGGUGCGACAUCUGCAGAGCAAUCUUGGGAAUUCAAGAAAGUCCCAAAGACGGGGGCGCUGCUCGUCGAUGGCCAUCUGCGGGUUCAGUUACAAAACGAUGCCGGAGAUACGGCUACUGGUGCACCCCCAGCAACCGCCCAAGCAACGUUCCAAGAAGCCAAAUGGCUCGCGUCCCAUCUGAACAAGGAUGACCUGGCUCACACGUCCCCCUUCUCAUUCCGCAACAUGGGAACACUAGCCUACAUUGGAAGUGAGAAGGCAUUGAUGCAGAUCCCCCACGACAUGCACGAUGUCAACAAGCGCAAAAGUUAUCUUCCCGAAGGUAUCACCGGGCGGAUGGCUCGGUUAGUUUGGAACGCUGCGUACAUCACCAUGAGCAUCAGUUGGCGCAACAAGAUCCGAGUGGCAUUCAGGUGGACUUUGAACAGAUUGUUUGGAAGGGAUGUAUCUCGGUUUUAA